AUGGCCUUAGUGGGCCUUGUGGCCCGGUCUGCAAAAAUUCUUGUCGUCCCCAACCCCAAGAACGGCGUUGGGCACGAAGAACUGGAAGCAGCCUUCAGGGUUGGGCAGCCCAUUGGAGAGGUCGGUGCACACCACUCUGAACACCGACGACUGGUAGUGGGUACGGCACGAGCUCCUGUCACCGUAGCGCGAGAAGACCAGCUCGCAUUGCGUCAGCGGCAGCUACUGAGCACCGUCGGCAGCAGCGGCGGCGGAUGCGUGAGGAUGGAUGCAGAGCACCGAGAUGGCACGGCCAAGCCGUUCCUGCGUCACGUUCAGCAGGAACAGCCGGCACGGGACGCUGCAGCAAGUGGCGGCCGCUUGCUCACCAUCGCCACGGUGGUCCGCGAGGAGGAAGAAGUUGAAGCCGUCGUGGAAGCGGAUGCUGAACGCUUCCCCGGCGCGGACAUGCACCGCCAAGAUGGGAGGCCUGAGAGCGAGGAAGCAGACGCCGCACUCCAGGGCGUCGGCAUCGCCCACCGUCACAUUCGCCACUGCGGCCCUAGCGACACGCACGUCUGGCGGCGCGUGAACGCUGUCGGCGCCCAAAUCCUCGUCCUCCUCCAGGAAAUCGAAAUCCUCGUCGUCGUCGAAAAUGUCCAUUUUCUUCCUCCUCUUGACCGACUUCAAUCUACGGCAUGA